AUGGGCCAUCCCAUCCCGCCCCUCGAUGGCGGCGCGUCCCACACCGUGCGGAUGGAACCCCCGGUGGCGAUGCAUCCUGCCCCAAUCCCCGACCUCCUGGGCACAUCGCCUCGCGUGGACAGGGGGGCCCGGCGGGCAGCCAGCCUGCCCUCACGCGAGCGGCAUCCCACAGCUGAGGGGCAUCGGUUGAGAAAUUCUAAGUGUAGACUAUUGAGGGAGAUGAAGCGCAUACCAAUGGAUAACAAGCUCCUUUUGACUGGGACACCCCUUCUGAACAAUCUGGCAAUGCUACGGUCACUAUUGAACUUCAUUUUGCUUCAUAUAUUUUCAUCACACCAAUUUGGGCCAGAUUGGUUUUUGGUCCUUAGAACUAUCUUUGUGCGGUUUUGCCCAUGCGGAAAAAGACUGCUGCGCGAGGAUGCUGAGGCCAGUAUGUUUUUAAUGGACCAUAUGGCGCUAUGGCUCGUCAGUGCCCUGCUUGGAUAUCUUCAGCGGCAUCGCCCAGAUCGGUUCUUGGUUAGCCUUGAACAGAUAUGUGGUGUUAUUGCUGCCUGCUUCGGAAGGGCUGCGCAGAAGAUUUGGCAUCAUGGCUGCCUCUUCAACAACAAGUUCUUAGACUGUGAACCUCUAUCUGUGCCUGAAAUCGAAUCGUUACCGCAGCCAUUUGCCAUGAUUUUGUGCUUCUGGUUACUUUGA